AUGACUGGCGAAUACGUCAAGGAUCAACCCGCUGGGUUCAGCAACCGUAUUCAGCGCAUUGCCAUCGUCGGGGCUGGGGGCACCGUCGGAAGGCCCAUCGCCGAGGAACUGCUGCGGACUGGACAGCAUAGCGUGACAGCCCUGACCCGCAUCGGCAGUACGAGCCAGGUGCCUUCCGGCGUCCAGUCCAUUGCCGUGGACUACGACGACGAGGCCAGUCUAGUACGCGCUCUACAGGGCCACGACUGCCUGAUCAUCAGCCUGUCAGUGCAGACCCCUCGCGAUACUCAGCCAAAGCUGCUGCAGGCUGCCUCUCAGGCUGGUAUCCGGCAUGUGAUGCCAAAUGUCUGGGGCUGUGAUGUCAUGCACCCGCCGUUAGCCGACAGUGGCCUGAACUGGGGAGGGUUCCGCGAACUCGUGGCCGGCAUCGAGGCCAAGGGCAUGGGGUGGACCGCGCUGAUCUGUGGAUUCUGGUAUGAGCACAGCCUGGUACUGGGACCGAGUGCAUUCGGCUUCGAUCUUCCCGCCAAGAAGCUCAUCCUGAACGACGACGGCAACACCAAGAUCAAUAUCAGCACCCUAGCCCAGUGUGGCCGAGCCGUGUCCACCCUUCUGAGCCUUCCGGUGCUCCCGGAAGAUGAACAAGAUGACCAGCUGACCCUGAAUCGGUGGCGGAACAAGCCGGUGUAUAUUUCCAGUUUCCUGCUCAGUCAGCGAGACAUGCUAGCAAGUUGGCUCCGAGUGACGGGCGAGACGGCGGACAGUUGGACGAUUGAGCAGGAAUCAUCUCAGGGUCGGUACGAGCGCGGAUUGGAGUUGAUGAAGAAGGGAGAUCAUGCGGGAUUGGUGCUGGCCAUGUACUCGCGGGUCUUUUUCCCCAACGGCGAUGGCAACCACGAGCAGCGUCGGGGGCUAGACAAUGACUUGCUGCGACUUCCCACGGAGGAUUUGGAUGAACACACGCGCCAGGCCAAGGCCAUGUCUGACCGGGGAUACAAUUAUAUGACAAACCGCAAUUGA